AUGGCUCCUUUCUCCCUCUCCCGGCUCGCGCUCAGCAUUGCCUACCUUCUCCUCCCAGAGCCCACAACCCAACCAUUGCUGACAGACGACAAGGAGCGGGGCCACGACGACAUUCGCGCCACGCAGCAAAUCAUCCGGUCCUUCCUGCGCGGUCUGAACUUCGUGUCGCCGAGAACACCGCAGAACGACGGGCUGCGACGGCGGCUCGCGGCGGAGAUCGCGUCCUGGAACAUCGACGUCAGCGCGACGUUCACCGACAAGAUGCUGCACAACAGCUGCAACAUGGCCGAGUGCACCUCCGGCCACACCAGCGCCGAGCACCAGUACUUCGUCGCGCUCUACACCGCGUUCACCUUCUACGCCGACGACCACUGCGGCGCCGACCCCGAGCCCAUCGGCCAGUUCGCCCAGCGGUUCUCCGAGGGCGCCCCCCAGCUCGACCCGGUGCUCGACCGCUUUGCGGCGCACAUCCGCCGCGCGUUCGACCUCUGGCCGCGCAUCGGCGCGAACGCGAUCAUCAGCGGCACCUUCGACUCCAUGACGGCCAUGUACAUUGAGUACACGACCACGGGGAUGGCCCCAAUCCCCGGCGCGACGCGCUAUCCCUACUACGUCCGCACCAAGUCCGGCAUCAUCCCAGAGAUGGAUUACUUCAUCAACUGUACGAACGAUAUCUUGUCCUUUUACAAGGAGACCCUGGCGGGCGAGACGGACAACUACAUCCACCUGCGCGCGGCCGCAGAGCGGAAGUCGCCGUCGGAGGUGCUCCGGAUCCUCGCGGACGAGGUCACGGACACCGUGCGUAGGAUCGACGCGAUCACGUCUGCCGACCCGGAGCUGGCGGCGCUCUGGCAGCGCUAUCUCCAGGUGCGUUACGUCCGGCGGAUGUCCGCCUGCGUCAUCUGA